CUCCUACUGCAUUCACAAGGCCUGAUGACAGGCCACCACCAAGCGCAGCCAUUGCUAAGCACAGGAAGGCUGCCAUGAGGAUCUUGAAGAGAUCCGCAUUAACCCCGGACCUAUGUAGCAGGGCGCUGCCCUGUCACGUGGAAGAGAUCCGGUCGGAGAUAGCGUGGGCAAUGACGAUAGUGCCCGACUAUCAGCUGCCGGUGCUCGGAGAGCCACCAGCUGCGGAAAAGCGCAAUAGAUCGAUAGAGGUUGCGCAAAACAAGUCGAAGAGAGCCAGGACGCAAGGCCUCACCUUUGCUGAGGUGGCCAAAAAUCGGAUCCUCCUGGGUGUGCUCGAUGAGAACCAGGAAGACGAAUUGGCUCUGAGAGCUCAUUGGAAAUGGGUUAAAGCGGAAUUGGCGAACAUCUGCGUUAGCGUGCUUCGGGAGCACCCCGGACCACCUCCGAUAUGCCGGGACGCAGGUUGGUUCCAAGGCAACGUCAAGAUCGUCGCGUGCGACGAUGAAAGGUCUGCGGGCAUGUACAAGAAGGCGAUGGCCAUACUGGGAGAGGUCUACCCCGGAGCGAUGCUACGGGCUGUGGACUUUAAGGACAUCCCAUCCAGGCCUAGAGCAAGGGCAUGGAUACCGGCCAAACCGACCGAACCAGAAAGAGUGCUUGAGAUUACAAGGCUCUUUAAUCCCGAGUUACCCUCUCACAAUUGGAAGGUGGUGCGGCUAGAGCAUAGCACAAAGGCGACUCGUCAGGCGGUCCUUUUGCUAAAUAAGGAGUCGUUGCCACUCCUCGAAAAGACUGGGGGCGUCAUCAAUUACGGUUUCGACACCGUAAAGAUAAGGGUGUACACGAACGACGUGAACGCAGCAAGAGGCAACGAAGUCCAGCUCUCCAAGGGGGCAGCAGACAUCGCCCUCAUCCAGGAGCCUUGGGUGAUAGGGCAUAGAAUAUGCGGGCUGAAGUCGGCAGAGCAUACUUUGAUAAGUGGAGCUACCAUAGUUCAGUGACGAGGACACCACCACCAUCAGUCUGGAGGCGAACGGACGACAAAUAAGGCUUGCCUCGAUGUAUCUGGCACAUGACAGGCCUGUUCCAACCCUACCGGUCGAACAUUUAGUGGAGCGCUGGGACGGGGCCCUGAUUCUAGGAGGUGAUGCAAAUGCACACCAUAGCACAUGGGGAAGUGGAGACAUCAAUGAACGGGAUGCCCUAAAAGAGACAAGAUAAAAAAAAUUGAUAUCCAGAAGGACAGCACAAGAUAUAUUAAAUAUUGCAAAUUGCAAGAGCACACACGCGACUAAAAUUUACAAAAACCAAAUGGCUAUGUCAAAGGUCAUACGUGUACUUGAAAAAUCCAUCCCACCAUCGCCGUAUAGCGUUCUUCUAGAGCAUCGAAAUAAAAGUGAUAGCAUUCUAUUUGAAUCACAUGCGGCAGCUUUACUUACCAACCAUGAAACAGACGCAAUUCGCAAGCAGUAUACCAAGUUGUGUGACGCAUAUGGUUGCCUGGGAGUGUUGCAACUUAAUGCUGGCGAGAGUACGGUUCUUUUUCUGGUACUUGUUACGGGCUGCGUAUCAAUGGGAAAGAUCUGCGAUGUAGAAAUUUUUCGAAUCACACAGACACAUUUUGUAUCUUUGCAAAAUGCAGCUCCAAACGAAGACAAAAUCUCGGAGUGUCGAAAGCUGCUAAAUUCAGGAACUUUUUAUUUUGCUCACUCGAAUGUUUCGAUGGCCAGCAGUUUACAGAAGUUCGAUAUAACAUUAUGCGCUCAACGUCGUCAGCAAAUAUCCGAAACUGACAACCGAUUCUUUUGGAAUCGGAUGAUGCAUAUACACAUGUUCCGAUUUGGUGUCGACUGUCAAUCGUGGUUGUUGAAAGCAAUGUGUGGAUCCGUGGAAGUGCGCACUGUUUAUAUUGGAGCAAAACAAGCUCGUGCCGCAAUCAUAUCGAGAUUGAGUUGUGAGCGUGCUGGCACUCGAUUCAAUGUUCGAGGAACCAAUGAUGAAGGACACGUUGCUAACUUUGUUGAAACGGAACAAGUGAUUUAUGUGGAUAGUGAUGUAACCAGCUAUAUUCAAACGCGUGGUUCUGUUCCAUUAUUUUGGGAACAGCCAGGCGUUCAAGUGGGCUCCCAUAAAGUGAAAUUAUCGCGUGGUUUCGAGGCUUCAGCUGCUGCCUUUGACCGGCACAUGACGAUGAUGAAACAACGUUACGGGUAUCAAGCAAUUGUGAAUCUUUUGGGUACUUCCAUGAUUGGAAGUAAGGAAGGGGAAGCGAUGUUAAGUAAUGAGUUUCAACGACAUCAUAGUAUGUCGACUCACAAAGAUGUGGCACAUGUUAUAUUUGAUUACCAUCAAGAGUGUAGAGGUGGAAAUUUUGGAGCGCUUUCGAAAUUGAAGGAACGUUUGGGCGUGUGUGGUGUAAACUAUGGUUUCUUUCAUGCCAGUCAGGGACAUGUAUUACGCGAACAAUUUGGUGUUAUUCGUACUAAUUGCCUAGACUGUUUGGAUCGUACAAAUUGUGUGCAAACCUAUUUAGGAUUGGAUAUACUAAAUCAACAAAUAGAAGCCUUGAAGUUGGGGGAGAAAAAGCAAAACUUCUCAAGAUUCGAGGAAAUAUUUCGUCAAAUGUGGAUAAACAAUGGCAACGAAGUUAGCAAAAUCUAUGCAGGUACUGGAGCUAUACAAGGUGGUUCUAAACUAAUGGAUGGAGCGCGUUCGGCCGCUCGCACCAUACAGAAUAAUUUGUUAGAUAAUUCUAAGCAGGAAGCAAUUGAUAUCUUAUUGGUCGGAUCAACACUAUCGUCAGAGUUAGCUGAUCGCGCUCGGAUAUUAUUGCCAUCAAAUAUGUUACAUGCACCAACAACAGUUUUAAGGGAAAUGUGUAAACGCUAUGCUGAGUAUGUUAUGCCCCGAACAUGUCGUGUUGCUGUUGGGACGUAUAACGUUAACGGCGGCAAACAUUUUCGCAGUAUUGUUUUUAAGGACUCAUUGUCUGAUUGGCUGCUUGAUUGCCAUGCCUUGGCGCGAGCCAAAGAUCUGGUAAACGUGACUAAUCCUUCGGAAAACGCAUGUACACCAGUCGAUAUAUACGCAAUUGGUUUCCAAGAGAUCGUGGAUUUGAACGCUUCCAAUAUUGUUGCCGCCAGCACAGAUAAUGCCAAAUUGUGGGCAGAAGAGUUGCAAAAGACUAUAUCUCGCGACAACGACUAUGUGCUUUUAACUUACCAACAAUUGGUCGGUGUGUGUUUAUAUAUAUAUGUUCGACCGGAGCAUGCGCCGUUCAUUCGUGAUGUGGCAAUUGAUUGUGUAAAAACUGGACUUGGAGGCGCUACCGGAAAUAAAGGAGCUUGUGCCAUACGCUUUGUUUUGUACGGAACAUCCAUGUGCUUCGUUUGUGCUCACUUUGCUGCCGGCCAGUCACAGGUAGCUGAACGUAACGCAGAUUAUGCCGAAAUUACACGAAAAUUGGCAUUUCCAAUGGGACGAACUCUCAAAUCGCAUGACUGGGUGUUUUGGUGUGGCGAUUUUAAUUACCGAAUCGACAUGGAGAAAGAUGACUUAAAGGAAGCUAUAAAAAAUGAAGAUCUGGCCUCGGUGCUAAUAAAUGAUCAGUUGCGUAAGGAACAAGAGGCAGGCAAUGUUUUCAGUGAUUUCCUUGAAGGGGAAAUAAACUUUGACCCGACGUACAAAUAUGACUUAUUUAGUGAUGAAUAUGAUACGUCAGAAAAACAACGUGCACCAGCUUGGACCGAUCGUGUACUGUGGCGUCGGAGAAAGGCUUUAGCAGCUGAGACAGACAUGACUAGUGUUGAAUGGAAUCCGGGGAAACUUAUUCAUUAUGGUCGUAGUGAAUUGAAGCAGAGUGACCAUCGUCCGGUGAUUGCUAUUAUAGAUGCAGAAAUUGUUGAGAUUAAUUUGAAACAACGACGAGAGGUGUUUGAGCAGGUCAUAAGAGACCUAGGGCCACCUGAUUCUACCAUUGUGGUGCAUGUGAAAGAGAACACUCUCGAUGAAGGUGGUCCUACCAUCUAUGACGAAGCUGUAAUGACUACUCUUAUUCAAGAAUUGUCGAAAAUGGGAGAGGUCACCCUGGUACGCUAUGUAGAGGAUACUAUGUGGGUAACAUUUCGGGAUGGAGAAUCGGCAUUGCAUGCUAGUAAGAAACAAUCUAUUCACAUUUGCGGUAUGGAAUUAAAGUUCGAAUUGAAGACGACAAAUUGGCAACCACUAGUUGAUGGAGAAAUUGAUCUUUGUACAACAAAUACGAUACCAUUAUGUUCAAAUCCCCAAGAGCAGGCGAAAUUAUUUAGCAGCUCACCUGAUGUGCCGCAGCGACCUAAACAACCUCCGACGAGACCUGCUCCAGCUCGUCCGCCUAUGCCAAUGUCGCCCAAAAAUUCACCUCGACACCAGCCACACGUUGGUGUCAUAAGCGUCGUCCCAGAGAUGCUGCUAUCGAAAUCGCAAAAACCUGUCGUGCCGGCGCAACCGUUGAUGCCACCUCCAUUGCAGCCUACGCCAUUGUCCCAAUUAACUCAAAAGAACGUGAAACCGCCCUUAGAUAUUGAAAAUGUCGGUGGAAGUGAUGAUGACAACGAAGCCUUUUCAUCUUCCAAGUCACAAUCACCUACAGAAACACAGCAAACCUCUCCAAUAAACUCGUCUGUAGUGUCACCAAGUGGUUCGGCCGAUGGACAAUUGCCACCCACACCGCCUCGCCAAAGCAAAAAUUCCACGCCAACAUCCACACCAAGACGCCAAUCGAAACAAUCAUCUGUUGACAUACAAGAAAGCACUUCAACAUUCUACGAUGGCAGUGCUUUGAACAUUUAUGAAGAAAUACAAGAUGAAAUACCAGCGCCUAAGCAUCCGCCACCACCAUUUCCACCAGCUGUCAACCAAGAAAUUUCAUCAAUUGCCCCAGCUGGAGACAGUCCACGCAGGCAAGUUCAAGCGACUGCAAUAGGGCCUCCUCCACCACUGCCGGCGCGACGAGGGCCCCCACCUAUACCGAAUCGAAGUGGAAAUGCACCGCCACUACCCAUAAGACCCAACCAUAACAAUUAAGAACCAAGUUACGGAACGGUGCACGACACAUACAUGUACACAAACACAUAUUGGAAAAUCCUACGAGAGCAUUUGGAAAGGAUAUUAAACUACGAAAACAUUCGUAUGAGUAUGUAAACACCGUGAGAAAACGUACACACAUGCACGCCUAUAUUGCAUAUAAUCCUGCUUAAUCCAUGCAUAAUUGUGUACUUUAGUUACCUAUAUAGUUGUUAUUUAAUUUUAGAAUAUAGGGUAUUGUGUACAUACAUACAUUUGUAUUUACGCAGGCAAAAAUAAAUUCUCUAUGAAUUGAAAUUUUAAGAUUUCAUAAAAUGGGACAUUCCUGAAUUUAAACAAUAAUAUAGAUAUUAACAAUACCCAAUAGUUUAUUUAAACAUUUUCAAUUACUAACUAUUUUUAUAGGACCCCAUCAAAAUAUUAAAAAAAUGCAAUUG